UUAGUAUUCCAUUCUCGACCUGCUGGGACUGCAAAGCGCUAUAAAAAUAAUCAGGGUGCAACAGCUUCCGUGGAAAACAUGUGACACACAAACCCUUCAAGUUUGGAAAAACUAAACUACUGAUCUAUUCCGUGUCCUGAUAUCUCAUUUCCCAUAGGAGAAGAGCUAGGCUAAACCAGUCCGCGCUAACCAACUCAUUUGGAGGGGCACGGUGCCAUCAUGGAGAGAUGUCAGAAACUUGUCGCUGUCACUGUUGUUACUCUAGUUUUUCAAGAGUUUGUUGUGGGGUUAAGCAUCAGGAACGAACAGUCAGGCAAGUGUAUUGCAGUGCUGAAGCAUAGGGGGCGCUACAGGCUUGAGCUUGCUGACUGUCAGCCAGGCUUUCCCUCUCAAGAGUGGCUGUGGCAUCCAGAGAGUUGCUCCAUCAAAAGCUUGGAAGCCGGAGAGUGCCUGAGCGGCACAUACCCAAAGCACGAAGGUGUCCGCCUGCGCACCUGUGUGGAUGGUGAGGAUGGUGGAGAAAGCCAGGCUUGGAGCUGCUCCAGGAAGGGCCACUUGACCCUUCAAGGCGCUCGACUUCACCUGAGCGAGAGGCACAGCCAGGAGCACCCGACCAAGACCAAGAGCAUCUACCUCUCCAAGGACAGAGGGCCAGCCAGCCAGUGGAGGACCCUCAGCAACAGCUCUGUGUGUGGGGAGGGCAGUGGUGGUGACGUGUGCCACAAGCGCCAGCACAAUAGCAUCUUGGAACAUCCCACCUUGAUACCAUCCAUACCACCCUCCUCUCACACAGAAAACAAGUCACUUCUGAAUCCAAUGCAUCUGAGUGAGAGUCUGGUUUCCCCCGGUCUUACUGAACGGAACAUGAGUACUGAGUGGCCUGUCCAGCCUCACAGCAGCCUUGCUCCAGAGAUAGGCAUGAUGGAGUUUUUCAACAUGGAUUUUGGAAUAAGCUGGAAGGUGGCCAUGUUGGUUUUAAGCUCCCUGGCUCUGGUGUUGGGCUUUGUCAUUCUGAUCCUCAGCAUUCUUCAGAACAGGAAGAAGAACGUGGUUGUGCUGAAGUCGUACACACGCACGGGGGAGGUCAGUCAGCCCGGCUCCCCUUUGCUCCAUGACCGAGCCCCCCUCACCAAGAACCCCGCACGGCCAGCAGCACACUCCCCCUCUAUGGCGCGAGGGGAGAUCUUCGUGGCGUGGAAAGAUGGAACCGUCACGCCACUGUUUGACAGCACCUACCAGGCAGAAUGAUUGGGUUACUUGCAAGCUGAUAAAAAUGGGUAGUAAUACAGUACGUGGGUACUACUGUUACAUACAUACGUUGUUGGUUGUUUUGUUUGUUUUUUUACCGAUGGAAUGUCUGAGUAAUGUUGAAGCAUUCUACACAUUUGUGUGUGCCGGCCUUGUUUUUGGGACCAUGCCCCCCCCCCCCCUUACUCUGUACACUCUGUUUUUGAUUAAGGGGAGUUGAAAAGGCAUGGAGCCCUCAUUCCUCCCAUUCCUCCGCAAAGCCAAAAUGAGAUGAAAAUUCAGAAUAGUUGGGCAGAGAGCAGAGCGGAGGUUUGACUGAUUGGGUUCCUUGAGUCUCGUAAAUCCAACCCAAGUCUUGUGUGGAGUUGGUUUUGGUCUGUGCGUACGCACUCAAAACAUCACUGCACCAUGGAGCAUCAUAGAAGUGAGCUUGUGCUGUGUUUGGUGUCAGAAAUGAAAAAAAAAAUGUCUUCAGAAGAAAAACAUGUGACGUAAACAUCAUGUUUACCAAAUGUAAAGCCAAGGUUUGUUAAGGAAUCAGUGCUUCUCAUUAAUGGACAUUUUAAAAUGUCCAAAAAAUGACCUAAAAAUAACAACAUUAUGUGAAGAAACAACUGCUUUGAUGUAAUGUCAAAAACAGCUAUUCUCUGUGUCUAACGUGUUUAACCUCAUGGUGUAUGUGAAUUGUGUCGGCCUGUUCAUCUGGUUUGAGGUUUUUUUGCCUUUGUAAAUAUUUUUUGACCUGAAAAAGGGAGGUAAUACUUUCAUACAACUAAAAAUAUAAACAUGAUGUCUAAGGGGACUCAAGCUGCUCAUCGACCCCUAGAAUAUCAUGGUGGCAGAUUAGGUUGCCACUGCAUUCUUCUUAGGCACCCUGAAGGGAUGUGCACUUGUGUGUAGUCAAAACACUGUGUUGGGGUAGACUCAUGCCAAUUACAAUAGUAUUAUUUUGUAGCAUAGCAUUUUGUAACAUGUUUUUUACUAUUCUUUAUCAAAAUGAAUAUGCUGCUUCAGACAGACUUUAUCUAACAUGAAAUUUGUUGUAUGUGUAUAUAUCAUUGUGAAGGAAUAUUGUUGUGAGGUCAGAUUAUGAAAAUGAUCAUGAUCUUUGUUUGAGAAUCCACAAUACUAAAUGGCGUUAUAAUGUUAGCGACUGCAUUCUGAAGGUACAAUUUAAUAAAUAUAAUGUUUAAUGAAAAAUUGAAUGUCAUUUUUACUGGCUCAUGU